GACGAAGAGAGCUACGUGUUUGCGAAGUCAGAGAAAAGCUGAGAGUGGCAGAAGAAAGUUGACACCGUGUAAGACGCAGUGCAACCGCAACAAGGAUUAAUCAGAUACCUUCUCCUGUCUGCGAGGACAGAGAGCGAGCCGAGCACGAUGCGAGAGAGGAUGAUGUGCAGGGGGAAGGGGACUCUCUGACAGAGCAUAUGCACACCACCCACACCACCGCUGCACAGGUGGAGGCUGAGACAGGGGGGCAUCCGCAUGCAUUCACCGCCGCAUCAGCACCGCUCGACGGACGGAUGUUUGACUCUCUGUGACUCAGCGCACGCAUUCCCUCUCUCACCUAAACACGUGUAGGAUACAUAUACAGUGCACACACACACACACACACACACACACACACACACACACACACACACACACACACACACACACACACACACACACACACACAUUUUGCACAUGCCCACGCCAAACGCAAGCAAACCAGUGGAUCAGUGUGGAGCAGACAGCCGUGUGUGGAUGGUAUAAACGGGAUUCCCCGUGUCUUCUCAGAGGACUCGACCCGAGGACAGGACAGGACAGGACAGGACAGGACAGGACAGGACGGAUCCGUUCCCAACGUAAAGACCUCAUCGUCCUUGUCAUACUGGACAAAGAGCUGGCUGACUCCUCGUCUGUCCCGAAUGGAACCCUCUUAAGGUGGACGGGGUACGUUAAAAAUACAUGUCCCAAAGGAGCGCUGCCGUGGCAAGCAGCAAACCCACGUCCAUAAAACAACAGGCAAGGACUUUGAUUUCUUCAUUAUCGCUUCCUGCAGCAACAACAGAGGACAGGCAUGUUGGCAGGCCGGCUGACCUGCCGAUGUGCACCAUAGGAUUCUAUUUCUGGAGCCUCAUUGCUUUUACAGAUUAACUGCCCUCAAAUAUGGCCCCAAUCCGUUCAUUGCGCCACUAGUUUGACUGCUGCCGGAGGUUGUGCAUAUUCAAGCUGCAAAACACCCCGCUGUGCGUCACUCCAGUCAUUUGAAGGCGGGCUGCCUUUGGCCUGUAAAAGCAGUGUCAGUGCAAAAAAAACAACGCACGGCUGUAUGUCACAACAGACUGAAAGUCAUUUUUGUUUUUCUCCUUACAAUCAUUUCUCAACUCAUUGGCCAUUUCCAUCCAGAACGGUUCCAGGGAAAGAUUGACAUCCCGAGCUUUCAUGCUAAUAACAUGACAUUGUGCUUAGAUUAAGACUUUACAUGUGAUUGCAAGAGACAUUUUCCAUGAGUCGCUGAGGGCAAAUCACACUGAAAAUCCCAUUGCCCAGUGUUUUCAUUAGCCUGUCUGGGGCUAAUCAAGGUCCUCCAUCAUCGGAAUUGACAUUUCCAUAUUGUAUGAGAGAGAAAGUAGCCAGCAUUAGCAUAUUCAUGAACACUGACGCAUUCAAUCAUGUGAAAUGAAAGACGUGGGGCGGCCAUCACAGCCCUGAAACAAAUAGCUUAUGACAUGUGAGGAAAAGAGGAUCUUGAAUCCCCUUACACAAUUUCAGCACAUCCCAUACAUAGCACACUGGAGAAAGCUACCACUGGAUAUUUUAUAAACCUGGCGUGUGUUGUUGGCCUCUUGACCAAGGCCUAUAAUAACAUGAAAAUUAAGGAACAGGAUUAAAGAUGGAUUAUCACUGAAACACUAAAGGCACCAAAGCAGCUGCCUUUGCAUAAACCCAUCGGGCGCUCUUUAGGGAGACGCUCCGCACAUUGAUUUGCAGAUUAGAUUUUGGUUGUUGAUGUAGUGGCCUCUUGUUGGUAUUAAAAGAGAGGGAUGGAGAAUUUAGAUGAGCUGGAGCACCCUCUUUUGGGAGAAGGCCCCAAUAACAGCCGUGCAUCAGCUCCGGGGAUGGGGCUGGGUCCCGCGACCGGACAGGCCCCUGGCGGGACGUUUAAGGGCGUCUUGGUUAGGUGUGAGGAGGACAGGGCCUACCCUCCAUUAGCGUGGAGGAGCUAUUGUGGACAUCCUCCAGAGCUUCAGCAGCAGCAGCUACUGGACCCUUGCUCCUUACCUCGCACACUGGAGUCCUUCUACCCAGCGGCCCCCAUCUGGGGACACUCAGACUCCCUGCUCAGCAAAGACUACCUGGAGACCACCUUUGUGGACAUUCGGCCCGGCUCCACCCUGGAGAGGAAGCUGCUGGCCGAGACACAGGACUUCCACAGCGAGGCGUACAGCGUGGACGAUGAGGAUGACCUGCUUCCAGACUCUGACGACUCGUCUAUUGAUGACUUCAGUGAUACAGACAGUGAGAGCAACUUCCCUCUGAUGAUCCCUCAGGACUACCUGGGUCUUGCCUUCUUCUCCAUGCUCUGCUGCUUCUGGCCUCUGGGCAUCGCUGCCUUCUACCUUUCACAGAAGACCAACAAGGCCUCGGCUCAGGGGGAUUUCCAGGGUGCCAACGCCGCGUCUCGCCAGGCUCUGUGGCUAUCAGUGCUCUCCAUCGUGUUUGGAAUCAUAACGUACAUCUGUGCCAUCGCUGCGUUGAUUUCCUACCUGUCUGGAAAGCCACCAUAAAAGCAACUCAUGCACACA